GGCAGAGCAUGAGCGUAUCGUGAGGGAGGUAACAUCACGCGCGACGAGAGAAGAGCGGCGAAGGACGAUCUGCGAGAAACGAGUACAGGACCUUGAGGGUGAGGUUCUACUUCUGGAGCAACAGCUUCAGGUUGCAGCGAUGAAAAAUAGGGAAAUGGAGAAAGCGCAUGAAAGGGAGAGAGCAAGCAACAGCCGCUUGAGGCAUCGCGACUUGAACCGAUCUACCGGGCGUUCAGACGACGGCGAAAGCAUACCGGCACCCGCUGCGAGCCGAGAUCGAUGCGUUGCUGUCGAUGGCGUCUUGUCUCGACCUUCGUUUGGUCCGAAUCUGUGUGCCGGCUGCGGAAGCGGUAACGGUUCUGGAGUACGGGGGGAGAAGGCGGAAGGGGCGGAGGAGCUACGGGUAGUGGAGAGGUUGGUAGCGGGGCUACUCGAACAGAGCUUGAGGCCAGGGUUUGCCGUGCGACACUCCCAGGCCGCCGGGUCUCAUUUGCCGACAAGGUCUUGUGAAGGAGAGAGCAACGAGAGAGCAAUCUCAACGUGCGCCUAGCGAUGCUGGUUGCUCGAGAAACGAGGAGGAACAGGAACAGCAGCGGAAUGCCGUGUCGGCUGCAGGGGGAACAAAAGCGGAUGCGGCUCAAACACCGGACGCCGAACUUCGUUCCGAGAACUUGAGAGAUGGACAGCCACAGGAGGCAGACUCGAAGCAAAAGAAGACCGUCAACGUUGACUUGGCACUAUCAAGGAUUCACGCUCUAACUGGAAUGAUUCGAGCACAGGAGGAAAUCGAGACACUCCUCGGCCAACAACUUUGGGAGCUCAAGCACAAACAAGCCGACGAGAGCGAACGCAUGUGGCAGCUCGUGACGAGGUGGAAUCGUGUGCUCGAAAACAAAGGCUAUACUGCUGAGGAAGACAUCCGGUCGGCGGGUUUGCUGGAGGA